AUGAACAGUCCUCAGAAGGAGGCUGUAAUUAAGUCUCAGACACACUCUCCUUUAUUCAAACUACCGGGCGAGCUAAGAAACUGGGUCUAUGACCUUGCUCUCACACCAUCCACGUCCAUUAUUAAUCCUAGUUGGGAUACUACGAUUGAGCCAGAACACCAGCAGAUACCCAGCCUGGGUGUUGCUCUAUUAAGAACCUGCCGUGCCAUCUAUCUCGAGGCGAACGACUCAAUGGCGUUGAAGAAGGGGGACUUCGUAUUCACAAGGGUCGCUUAUAUCCAAGCAUUCUUUGCCAGGUUAUCGCUAGCACAAGCCAGCCAUAUUCAUCACAUCACAAUCGACUUCAGAGAAGCGGCAUCGGGAGACACAGCAUUGCAAAGCGAACAGAGCACAACCAUUGCCAAUGAAUGGAUACAUUACUUCUGCUGUACACAAGGAGCACAUAUGCAUAUGAUGGGCGCCUGGUGUGCAAAUCUCAGCAGCCUCAAAUCAGAUAUACCAUAUUUGCGCUCGUUAUGCUUUGACCUGACUAACUGGCAACCCGACCACGCAGGUUCACGGCUGGGCGGUUGGAGAUACUUGCAAUCACUGCUUCGGAAGACACGAGACCUGGACUCCUUCACGCUCAGAGGCAAGUGUCUUGACAGUCGCUUCUGGAGCUCACAGCCAGUACCGUGGAGCCUGGGAUUAUGGAUCUCUCCUGCUUUCGACAAAGACGAGUCGGUAUUGGUCGAUCUGAUGGGGCAGACAGUUCGUAUGGCGGGUGAAAAGGAAGUCAGGCUUAUAGAAUGGCACACUAAGGAUGGUGUCACGCUGCUGGCGGUGCGUGUUGUUGAGGCGCGUAAUGCUUGUCCACUGACGAGUGGUGAGCUCCACCUCUCGCGAGAUGGGAGGACGUCGUGGGAUUCCUUCCUUGAGUUCCAGGAUGAUCGAGUCGAGUCGACCAAAAGACGCAAGGCAUCGCUGCCUGCUAGUGGCGCCAUCUGGGAUGGACUACCCACAAUACAGGUUUAA